AUGAAGUCGGUGAUAUCAACGUUUUUACUCCUGCUGCUAAGCUUUGCCGAAUCCAGGACACUGCAUACCAACGAGUAUGGAAUAGCUUCCAUUCUGGAUUCCUUACAGUGUUCUGCAGAGAAGAAUCUAGUGGACCUAGCUACCAUAUCUUUGGCCCAGUUUGUGCCAGAAGCCACUUAUGAAGAAGUAAACAAAAUGACAAGAGAUGUGUUGGCCGUCAUUGAGAAAGCCUCUAACAGUGAGCUGCCUGCAGGCUGUUUGGAAAAUCAGCUGCCUGCCUUCCUGGAAGAAAUCUGCCAUGAGACAGAGAUCUCUGAGAAGUACGGAGUUGCGGAGUGCUGCCGCCAGAGUGGACAAGAGAGACAUCGCUGCUUUCUAGCGCACAAGAGGGCCACUGCCACAGCCAUCCCGCCCUUCCAGCUUCAAGAGGCCGACGCGGGUUGUAAAGCAUACGAGGAGAACCGGGAAGCCUCUGUGAACAGAUACAUCUAUGAGAUAUCCAGAAGGCAUCCUUUCCUGUAUGCACCUACGAUUCUUUCUUUGGCUGCUCGCUAUGACAAAAUAAUCCCAUCUUGCUGCCAAGCUGAAAAUGCUCUGGAAUGCUUCCAAACAAAGGCAGCACCAAUUACAAAAGAAUUGAGAGAAGUCAGCUUGUUAAAUCAACAUGUUUGUGCAGUAAUGAGAAAUUUUGAACCCCUCACCUUUCAAGCUGUGACUGUUACUAAGCUGAGUCAGAAGUUUCCCAAGGCGAAUUUCACUGAGAUUCAGAAAUUGGUCAUGGAUGUGGUCCACAUCCACCAGCAGUGUUGUCAAGGAAACGUGGUGGAGUGCCUGGAGGAUGGGAAAAGAAUCAUGUCCUACAUAUGCUCUCAACAACACAUCUUAUCAAGCAGAAUGGCGGAAUGCUGCCGACUGCCCAUCCUUGAGCUUGGCCACUGUGUCAUUCAUGCAGAGAACGACGACAAGCCUGAAGGUCUCUCUCCAAAUCUAAGCGGGCUGUUAGGGGACCGAGAUUUCAACCAAUUUUCCUCACAGGAGAAAAGCAUCUUCUUGGCGAGUUUUGUGUAUGAGUAUUCGAGAAGACACCCUGAGCUGCCCGUCACAGUUGUGCUGAGAACUGCCAAGGGGUACCAAGAGCAGCUGGAGAAGUGUGCCCAGGAUGAGAGCCCUCUGGCAUGUCAGAAUAAAGGGGAAGAGGAAUUACAGAAACACAUCCAGGAGAGCCGAGAAGUGGUAAAGCGCAGCUGUGACCUCUACCAGAACGUGGGACAUUAUUACUUUCAAAAUGCAUUCCUUGUGGCCUACACAAAGAAGGCUCCUCAGCUGACCUCAGCGGAGCUCAUAGCCUUCACCAAGAAGGUGGUGACCAAAGCGGCCAUGUGCUGCCACCUGAGUGAGGACAAACGACUGGCUUGUACUGAGACAAUGGCUGACCUUGUUCUUGGCCAGUUAUGUAUCAGACACGAGGCAACACCUCUGAACCCUGGGAUCGGCCACUGCUGCACGUCUUCCUACGCCAACAGGGCACUGUGCUUCCACAAGCUGGUGCUGGAUGAAACCUAUGUCCCUCCGCCAUUCUCUGCGGACAAGUUUGUCUUCCACAAGGAUCUGUGCCAAGCUCAGGGAACAGCGCUGCAAACCAUGAAGCAAGAGUUCCUCGUUAACCUGGUCAAGCAGAAGCUGGAGAUCACGCAGCAGCAGCUGGAUGGCGUCACGGAGGAUUUCUCGGAGAUGCUGAAGAAGUGCUGCCAAGGCCAGGAGCAGGAGGCCUGCUUGGCCCAGGAGGGUCCGAAGCUGAUUUCGAAGACUCGUGCUGCUUUAGGAGUUUAA